AUGGUGCGUCAGCUGCACGACGGUAUGAUGGCGCGAGUCACGGAAAAUGGAGCUGUCUCAGAGGCAUUCGCAAUGACCAACGGAGUGAAGCAGGGCUGCGUGCUGGCGCCUACCCUCUUCAGCCUUAUGUUCUCUGCCAUGUUGAUGGACGCAUACCGCGACGAACGCCCCGGGAUUCGCAUCGCCUACAGGACGGACGGUCACCUCCUGAAUCAACGGCGGAUGCACUUCCAAUCGCGCGUAUCCACAACCACCGUUCACGAACUCCUCUUCGCCGACGACUGCGCCCUGAACACCACCUCGGAAGAGGAGAUGCAACGGAGCAUGGACCUCUUCUCUGCCACCUGCGAGGACUUCGGUCUGGUCAUUAUCACGCAGAAGACGGCGGUGAUGCACCAACCGCCACCCCACUCAGUCAAAGCCCCCAAUGCGCCGCCGUAA